CCCGUGCUCCCCGGCCUCCUCCUCGCCUGACCACUCGGCUCCGACGACGACGCCGGCCCCGCCACCUCCACAUGGCGGACGACGCCGUCGCCGGAGCGGCCGGUCGUCCUUGCGCGCGCCCGGCCCCGCCGGCGGCGUCCAGGAGGCAGCAGCACGUCGACGACGGCGCCGGCUGCGACGGCCACCGCCAGCACGACGUGAUCAUGCUGAGGCGGACGAGGAGCGGGCGGGCGUUCCCGCCGCCGAUCUCCGUGAUCGGCAAGGGCGGGCGGCCGUGGCUCAGCCUCCGGGCGCACCGCGAGGGCGGCCGCCUGGUGCUGCGGGAGAUGCGCCUGCCGUCGCAGGAGCUGCUGCAGCCCUGCAAGGAGGACGGCAGGUUCAAGCUCCUCAUCCACCCGGAGGCCGGCGGCCGCACGGCGGCGGCACCGCAGGAGAGGCAGGGGAAGGAUAAGGGCUGCUCUUGAUCAGCUGAUGCCUGAUGACCAGAUGAUCUGCCACCACGUCGUGUGUAUGUACGGGCUGGCUCGUUGAUAAAUUAAUUCGGGUAGAUCUCCCUGUUUAGUUAUUGAUGAGAGCGCUCGAGUUCUUGCUUUUGCUUGCCUGCAACCAUUGUCCACAAUCUUUGAUUGCCUUCCGGCAAGUUAAUACAGCAUGGUCGGAGCAUUGAGUCA